AUGGGAAAGCUUAUUCGCCUCGAACUAUUCAACUUCAAGUCCUAUAAAGGACAUCAUACUCUGCUUUUUGGUGAUUCAUACUUCACCUCAAUCAUCGGCCCAAAUGGCUCCGGGAAGUCCAACUCAAUGGACGCCAUUUCCUUCGUCCUUGGAAUCAAGUCCUCACACCUCCGGUCAGCACACCUGAAGGACCUCGUCUAUCGCGGGCGGGUUUUGAAAACCUCGAAGAUAAACGACGAUGGCUCUGCUGAUGCCCCUAGUUCCAAUGGGCGGGUCAACGGCCAUGAGGAUGAUAAUGAUGCCGAUUCCCGGCGUGCCUCGCGCAAUGACCCAAAAACCGCGUGGGUAAUGGCAGUCUACGAGGAUGAUGCAGGAGAUGAGCAGAAGUGGAAGCGCUCCAUUACAUCCCAGGGUUCGAGCGAGUACCGCAUCAAUGACCGGGUUGUGACGGCCCUUCAGUACAACGACGCGCUUGAAGCCGAGAAUAUACUCAUCAAAGCGCGAAAUUUUCUCGUUUUCCAGGGCGACGUGGAAGCCAUUGCGGCACAGUCACCGCAAGAUCUCACUCGCCUCAUCGAACAGAUCUCAGGCAGCCUUGAGUAUAAAGCUGACUAUGAGAGGUUGGAGAGGGAAGCGGAGGCUGCCGCAGAGAACUCUGCUUUUCAUCUACAUCGUCGCCGAGGCAUCAACUCUGAGAUAAAGCAAUACCAAGAGCAAAAAGGGAGGCCGAAAACUUUCAAAAAAACUGAUGAACGGGACGCAGCCAUCGUUACGAAAACGCUCUGGAAGCUCUAUCAUUUCCAGCGGAGUAUGGACGAUUCUAGCUCGUUGAUCCAGGAACAUCAGGAUAAUCUUAAAGAAUAUCGUCGAAAUGUCGAGGUGUUUGAGCAGAAACUCGAAUCGUCGCGCAGGAGCAUGCGGCUCUAA